ACGGUCACACCGAUUUUCAGUUUCUUCGAAACGGAGGGGUAAAUUUUAGCAAAAAAAACUUGUUUUAAGUGCAUUUGUGUGUGUAAAAACAGAACUGGUGUGAAGAUUUGCCGAGAAAUAUUGCAGCUCUGUGACCCCGACGUGUGAAAUUGAUUUGUGUGUGCGCUGUGUGGGGUGCAACGGCAAGCGUUUCGCCGCCGCCUACUCUCCCUCCCCCACCAACCAACAAAGGGCUCUUAACGAUUUUUGGAAAGUAAUUAAAUAGUAUUAGCCGCCGAUAAAGUACGUUUAGCGAUAUGGCGGAACGCGAGCGUAGCAUACACGAAAUGCUGAAAGAUACGCCCUCCAUGAACGAUAGCUGCAGUUCGGUCCACACCGGCACAGAGGGUGGCAGCAACAUGGUUGUCGGAAUCGGUCUAUGCGGCAGCAUCAGUAGCCAUAGCAUUGGUGUGGGUGGUGGUGGUGGUGGAGGCGGGGCCGGGACCGGGACCAACAUGAAUGUCGGUGGUCCCUUUGCUCCACCCAACAGCUUGCCAUUGCGAAAUCAUUCAGCACCCACCACACCAAUGUCACCGACAAGUCCGACCUCGGGCAAUGGUAUACUGACAUCGACCGAUGGCAGCGGCAGCCUGAUACGCACAAGCGCUUCCAAGAUCGAUAGCAUCAAGAACUGGAGCAUAUCCACAUACAAGUGCACGCGUCAGAUAAUGCUCGAGAAGCUGGGCAAGUCGCAGCGAACUGUCGACUCGGAGCUGGAGGCGCAAAUUGAGCAAUUGCGCGAGACGCAACGAAAGUACUUGUCGAUCUUGCGCCUAACGAGAGCAUUUAGUUCACAUUUCCAGCAUGUGGUCGUCACACAGCAUGCCCUGGCCGAUUCGUUUGCCGAUCUUGCCCAAAAGAAUCCCGAACUGCAGAAGGAGUUCACCUGCAACGCGGAGACGCAACGAAAUCUAACAAAAAAUGGCGAACUGCUGCUCAAUGCAUUGAACUUUUUUAUUUCAUCGGUGAAUACGCUGUGCAACAAGACCAUCGAUGAUACGCUACUAACGAUACGACAAUACGAAACGGCAAGAAUCGAAUUUGAUGCUUAUCGCAUGGAUUUGGAGAACACCAAACCGGAGGUAACACAAUCGGCGGUCGCCUUGGAGGAAACCCAACGAAGUUAUGCCCAACACAAGGAUCAGUAUGAGAAACUACGAGCCGAUGUGGCCAUUAAAAUGCAAUUUCUCGAUGAGAAUCGCAUCAAGGUGAUGCACAAGCAACUGAUUUUGUUGCACAAUGCAAUUGCUGCUUACUUUUCGGGCAAUGCCAUGGCACUGGAAAGCACUCUUAAACAAUUUAAUAUCAAGCAGCUUAAGUCACCAAAUGCCGUCACUGGAUCCUGGCUGGAACAGUAGUCUACUGUCGGGAAAAUCUCUCUUCUACUCGAACUCGAACACGAUACAGACAUUCCCUGGCCCCUCCCUCACUUGCUGAAACGAGUACGCUCUCUCUAAAGAAUAAAGGCAGUUUCCAUGGAUCGUAAUAAUAUUUAAAUGCUAACUUUAAGUGAAAUUUCCUAAGCAGUAAGGUUCAAAGUGGUGUCUGUAUAUGUUAUAUAUAUAUUUUUCCAACUGCUUACCACACUGUAUUGUACAUGUAUGUGCCCCCCUCACCAGCCCAGUAUCCUUCUAUGCUGCUAACCAAAAUAGUUCCUGUUUUUUUUUUUGGUUACAAAAUUUAAUCCGUGCAAUAUAUUCAUGAUAUAUUCUUAGUUCUAGUUGAUGUAUAACCCAUGUAUAAAUUAUUCUUUCAGAGCUUGUAUUAAUUUUUAAUCCCUGUUCACUAGUCAACGUAUUAUUUACACUAAAACAAAAUCCAAUAUAAAUAUAUAAA